GCGCUCCCCGUGGGUCCGGCCCUAUCCACGUGGCAUCUCCGUCCUAGUAUAGAAGACCACCGCCACGACCGCCGUCGCCGUCGCUCUUCACCGUGUCGCAGCAGCAUCCGGCUCGCUCCCGUCCGAUCCUGUCGGGCUUGGCUCGGAAGAAAUUCAUCCGGCGAUGUCGGACCGGUCGGCGGAGUGCCGGGCCUGCCGGGAGCUGCCGCGGGACUGCUGCUGCUGGGCCGUCGCUCUUCACCGUGUCGCAGCAGCAUCCGUCUCGAUCCCAUCCGAUCCUGUCGGGCUCGACUCGGAAGAAACUAAUCCGGCGAUGUCGGACGGGUCGGCGGAGCGCCGGGAGCUGCCGGGGGACUGCUGGGGGAAGGUCUUCGCCUACCUCGAAUCCGAGGCCGACCUCGAGCCCGUCUCCGCCGUCUGCAGACAGUUCCUCUCCAUCGCCCACGGCCUCCGCACCUCCCUCGCCGUCCCCAACCAGCUGGUCCCCCACCUCCCUCCCUCCUCUCCCGCUUCCGAUCCCUCAGGUCCGUCGACCUCAGCCCCUUCCGCGGCGACCCCUACGACGUCCUCCUCCAGAUCGCGCGGUUCCCGGAGCUGCCCCUCGAGCGCCUCGACCUCUCCAACCAGCCGCGCCUCCGCCUCGACGGGCUGCGGGAGGUGGGGUCCAAGUUCGGGGCUUUGAAUCCUGGUGCUGUCCAAGGUCAUGCUCCUGCAGGAUAACGACCUGGUCUCCAUCGCCGGCUUCUUCCCGUUGCUCGAGGAGCUCGACAUCAGCUAUCCGGAGGUGAGCGCUUCGGAUGGGGUCACGGACCGCGGCGUCUCGGCCCUGUCGCAGAGGCUGAGGCGGCUGUCGCGGAUCGACGUCUCGGGUAAUCAGUUCGUCUCCGAUCAGUCCCUCAUCGCGCUGUCGGUGAAUUGCCCCUCUCUGAGGGAAAUCGGGUUUAGGGAUUGUAGCUUUAUCACCCAGAGCGGCAUCGCUCGGUUGAUCAAGAACAGGCCCGACCUGGUCUCCCUGUCCGUGAACGUAAUUGGGCCGACGAUUCUGUUCGCGGAGCUGGUCGAUUCGUUCGGCUACGCCAGGGGAUUGAGUAACCUGGAUUUCUCCCGCUCGUUCGUCUCGGAUGGGCUGCUGACGUCCGUCGCCGACGCGAACAUUCCGUUGAAAAGCCUCGUUCUUUCGCAUGCGUCGGGGUUUACGUUCGACGGCAUUUCGGAGAUCGUGCAGAAGCACGGGGGCAUCGAGGUCUUGGAUUUCGAGGCGGUAACUUUCCUCACGGAUCACUACAUGGCGGCGAUUGGCGAGUUUCUUCCCGGACUGACCUCGGUUAAUGUCAGUUUCUGCUCGAAGCUCACGACUGCGACAUUGUAUAGCCUCGCGAGACGGUGUCCCUUGCUGAAGGAAAUCAAGAUGGAGAAGACAAACCUAAAGAAGGACAAUGCUAAUGAAUCUGAUAUCGCAGCGAAUUAUCGAGUGAGGUCUCUUAACAUCUCCCGUAAUGUGAAUUUGACCGACGAAUGCCUCAAGAAGAUCGCAUGCGUGUGCCCCGGGUUGCAGUAUCUCAAUGUGGGCUAUUGUGCGGAGAUAACCGGGGACGGCAUCACAGGCGUGCUGAAGAGCUGCCCUGAAAUCAAGCAUUUGGAGAUCAAUCAUUGUAGAAACACGGAGAAUCUACGCGUCGACUUUGAACUCCCGAGGUUGGAGGUCUUGCGAGCAGAAGGGUCAGCCCUGAACGACCAGCAACUGGGGGCGAUCGGAAAGAGUAGUUGUCAUCUCAAGCGCCUUGACUUAUCCAACUGUUUGAAUCUGUCGACUGUAGGGGUAAAGGAGGUGGUGAGCCAUUGCAAGACGUUGAGGGAGAUAAAUCUGACGCGCUACAAUUUGAAUGUCGACAUCGUGGUCCUAGCUGAGAUGGUGUUCAAGAGGCGAUCGUUGAGGAGGAUAGUCCUACCUUGCGGAUCCACUCUAUCCGAGAGCCUGAGGGAACUCUUCUUGCAACAUGGCUGUCUCGUUUGUGAUUAGCGACUUCAGAGGGACGAUCGAGGAUGUAAGUUUGUCUGAGAAAAUGAUGAUGCCCGUUUCCUUUUCUGCGGCGGAUUCGUGCUGUUGUGGCUUCUUUUGAUGCGAUGCUGCGGACCUCAUUUCUAUAGGACGUGAAAUUGUCUGUAGAUUGUUUGUGGUUACUUGAUAAUUUGUCGAUGACAAUUGUACAUAUUCAAUAAUCUAUUAGUCAACCUUUGAUUUCUCCAGCUGAGUUUCAGUUAA